UAAAAAAAAACUAAAGAACACUCGCUUUUGUAGUCGCGUUUAUUGCAAUUUCGUAGAUAAAAUGCUAUUGUAAUUCAUUAAUAUAAGGAAACGUGCCUCAACAAGCGUCGUUAACACAUUCAGUGCUAAUAUAAUUAGAUAUUUUAUACAAUUAUAUGAGUAAUCGCUUCCAUUUGACAAACUGCGCUCGACCGCAUAUUUAAAAUGGCAGCCCUACCACGUAGAAUAAUCAAAGAGACACAGCGAUUGAUGCAGGAGCCGGUGCCCGGGAUCAGCGCAGUACCCAGCGAGACAAACGCCCGUUACUUCCACGUUAUCGUGACGGGCCCAGAGGACUCGCCUUUCGAAGGAGGACUGUUCAAAUUAGAAUUAUUUCUACCGGAGGAUUACCCCAUGUCGGCACCUAAGGUUAGGUUUAUCACCAAAAUAUAUCAUCCUAAUAUAGACCGACUGGGCCGCAUUUGUUUGGACAUUCUUAAAGAUAAAUGGAGUCCAGCUCUACAAAUACGCACGGUGCUACUGUCUAUUCAGGCUCUGCUGUCAGCACCUAACCCUGACGAUCCGCUGGCGAACGACGUUGCCGAAUUGUGGAAGGUGAACGAGAGUGAAGCUAUUAGGAACGCGAAGGAGUGGACGCGGAGAUACGCCAUGGACAACUGAAUAGCCGGCACGAGAGCACCGGUGCCGACCGUGCGCGCCACACGACCAACGAGAUAUCACGACUUAUGAGUGCAAGUUAUGUUACACAUCCUAAACAGAGUAACUUGUGAGAGACUAUUGUGGAUCAAAUUUUUAUUAUUAGUGGAUGAGGGCCGCGGCGCCGGUCCCUUUGCAGUUAUCCAUUGCCUCACCUUGUUCGCCUCGGAACGGCUGGGCGAUCCCACAGAUCAUUGUUUACCCAUUCACAUGUAGCUUGGUUACAAUAUUAGGUAUGCAUAUUUUUUUACUAUUAAUAUGAAUAGUGAAUAAAGAAAAUAUACCUGGAGACUUCAAUGUAUAUAUUAUGCUGGUUUAAAAUUAAUUUUGUACAGAAGAUAGUGUUUCAAUUUGCAAAGUUUGAUUAUCUAUGCAAGAGACUUAUCGGACAGUCUUACUAAAAUUUGCUUGUAACAUCAUUUAACUGAUCUCUCAUUGAAAUGUUUUUUGUUUUUUUUUUAUAGAACAAUGAUUGCAUUUAGGUAUAAUUUUCACUUUAUUAACCACAUCGAACAUGAUUUCACAGUGAAUCUUAUGUUGUACUAUUUACGUCUUGUAUAAAAAUUAUCAAAAUAAAUUGUAUUUAUGUAAAUUUUUAAUUUGGCUUCGUGAGCAACUUCAAAAUACAUGAAAUACAAAAAGCUAA